CCAGGUCUUCUACUUAUGCGUUGUUCUCUUAUCUUAUGAAUGAUAGGAAUCUGUACCAGGCGGUAAAAUCGAAGACAGGAGCACGUUGCAGUCGAGAAGUGAUCUACCGCCAACGAUACCUUCACAAGACGACCCAUUUUCGAAACCAGUCUGGCCUCCACAUACUCUUCCAUCGACACACCCAUCUUUACCACCACAACCCCCAGCAUGGACAAUGCUACCUCCACCGCCAUCUCCACCAGCAACAUCAACACCUCCUUCAGCACCUGCAGUCCCUGCAGAUGUAACGGAAGUAAAGGCGGAGGCCAUAGUGCAGGAUACCGAAGAAGCCACAUUGACGACCAUAGCAGACGCUGAGUCUUUGGUACUAAUCACACCACAGCAGUCGCCGCCAAAUAAGAACCGAUGCACGAUCGCUUCCGCGAUUAUACCCCCGACAACACAGAUGACCGCUGCCGUAUCUAAUGUCGACGAUGGUGAAGGAAAGAAAGACGGAGAAGAUGGAGGGAUGCAGGAUGGUAGUGUCAACAUUACAGCACCGUCUGCGAUAUCGCCAGCACCAACGGUAUCAGCAGCAGUCGCAAGAGUAUCGAGUUUAGAGACUGGUGACAGCAGUAACAACAUCACAAGAAACGGUGGCGAUGUACGAUCAGGAGACCAGGCUACGGCCUCAUUAGCCUUGGUGGAUGCAGCUCCCAUGGCAAAUCAUGGUGAAUUUGGCGAGAAGAUCGAGCAGAUCAAGACGAAGAGUGUUGGGCCAGAGGAUAGGUUGAUGAUGAUGAUCAAAGAUAUGGCAAAAGUACGCGAUUUACCGUCUCAAAGAGGAGAGACGGAGUCCGAGACGAUUGUUUAUGCGAUUCCGUCCAUUGGACCGGAGCAUCACAAGCCAGAGGAACCAUCUGCGGAUUCAACCACGGUGGAAUUGCCAACACAAGAGCCAUCAAGUUUGAGUCUGUCUGAUGAUACCGCUGCACCUACGGAUCCGUUGACGACGAUGCUGCUCCAGACGAUCCAGCCCCUUUUGGUUCAUACGGAUUCUGAUGAUAUAGUAGCUCAGGGCUCGUCACAGGACAGUGUUGCGGUAUCAUCGGAGCAGGGUACAGGUGGUAGUGCGGCGAUGGAUCAAGAGUCGUCUGACCAAAGUAGGAUCGAUACGAACGCAGCGACUGAGAGCCGUCCAUGGGAUUCGGACGCGAGUAUGGCGAGUGGCAGCGAAGCGGAGGCGCGGACCUCAGAUGACAAUGCGAUGGAGGAUGACGAGUCUGACACUGCUGGAAUGCAAGCUGAUAUGUCGCUGGAUGUCCCAGAAUCAACACUCUCUUCAACAGGGUUGUCUCAGGAUUUGGUGAUGAACCAAGUCGGGACUGAAGAGGCCGAGGAUCAGUACAUGAAUAAAGCGCAGCUGGAGCAGCUUAUGGAUGACAGGGAAAUGGAGAAGGCGGAUAGGGGGGAUUUGUCGACUUUGGUUGCUAUGAUCGAGGAUGCACCAGUGCUGGAAGAGGCCGUAGGCGUGGACCUGGAUCGGAAAGAGGCAGCGAAUGUCCUUGGUGGACUACAGGUAGGUAGCGCGAGUCAGGAUUACCACUCGCUGUCGAUGGAAUCUGCAUUCGACUCGGACAAUUUUGAGAACGCAUUGGUGUCUGAUGAUCGGUCAACUGAACCUGAAAGCACUUCUACGGCCGCUUUGAAGACUGAGAACGGGGCAACGCUUUCGGAUUCGGUGGCGAUGUCGGAUCAGCUAUUAGAGACGAGACUGGAUAUCGAUGUAGCGAAGGAUUUGCUGGAUUCCAAGGUUUUGGAUGCUUUACUGGGCAUCGUCUUUAUCGAGCCUGAGCAUGCGAAGAAGACUUUGGCUAUGGAUGGACCAACCGAAGCUGCGCGCGCGGAAGUUUUGCUAACGGAGAGUGUACCAGCUGGAUCCAUGUCAAUGGAGCCUAUUUUGUCAGACACUACCCCAACGGAGAUUGUAUCAUCGGAGAUCGCACCGGCAAAGGCGACGCUGGUGGAGUCAGCACCGACAAAGAUAGCAUCAGCAGAAACGGCACCUGUGGAGUCGAUGGCGGACAAGGCUGGAGUCAAGGAGUCAGUGGUUCUCACGAGUCCCGCCGAGGAACCUGCACUGAAAGACAUGACCGAGCACAUACAGGGCAUUUUGGAGCCUUCCGUCGUAGAUGCAGUUGACUCAAACCUGGACACGACGACAGGAAUGCCAGAGGUCGAGGAGAGGGGACGGAAGGUGUCAUCAGAGUCUCAUCGUGUAAAUUUUCCAGCGGAGGCCGAGGAGAUUCGUGAUUCGUCCGAGGGGAUGAGCGACAUGGAUGUGGACGGACCACAGACGGUGCCGGAUGUCAAAAUGAACUCGUACUCGUCUCCGGCGCCCACCUCGAGUUCAACGCCAGACAACGGUGACCGCGGUGGUGUUCAUGACAGGAGAUCGAGCCUCGGACAGGGACACGGACAGAGACGACGAUCGUCAACCUCACCCUCGGUGCUGCGGCGCAAUUCGACCGCAUCCCGACUUUCUGCGGCGGAUUACCAUGGACAUGCUCAUCCGAGCUGGCAUUUUGUUCCUGGGUCGGAUUUGGCGUUCCUAUCAGAGAUGGCGGCAUCGAAUGCGGACUUGAAGAGGUUCAGGAGAGAAACGCAAUGGUUGGAAGAGCGAGUGAGUCGACCAAAACGGGACAAGGAGACGGACAGUGUGCUGGAUAAGGCACUGGGCUUGACGCGCGAUGUCCCAACACGUUCCAGGGAUCGUCGUGAUCAUGGCGGUGGCGGUGGCAGCGGCCGUUCAGGUCCAUCGCUACCACCAGCGGUGUCAGCAUCAGGAGUUGUGCGACUGAGUUCAGAUUCACGAUUGGCGCUGUCGAUGUUGAAGAUGAAACUGCUCGCGGAUAUAGAGGAGCAGACGCGACUGGAGAGCGAUCAGGAGACACUACAGCGGACACUUGACCGAACGAGGACGAGGGUUCGGGAGAGGCAAGAGUUGCAGGAGCAGGCGGAAGAGGAGAUCCGGGCGUAUGAGGAGAAGCAAGAGGAGUUGGAACGGGAGCUGCAGAGAGUGCGGAAACAGGAGAAAGCAUGUUUGGAGAUGAGGGAGCAGCAACGCAAGCAGGCAGAGGGUGAGGUCCGUCAGUUGCAGGCGACGUUGAGGAUGCUUCAGGAGCAACAGCAGCAGAGGCAGAUACUCGAAGAGCAGGAGUGGGAGGAGCAGCUGAAAUGGGAAGAUCUACAGCGUGGGGUCCAGCAGUGACAGCAGCAGCAACAGCAGCAGCAGCAGCAGCUUGUUGGAGCAAUAGCCGAAACAGCAAGGGUGCUUGGUUGUGUAAGAGUCCUUGAUCUGGAGGUUCCACAUGUAGUCUAAUCGACAAAAUAAACUGUGGAGCGCGCAUGGUUGUUUUGCUCUCUUGCCCCGCAUAUCCUUUUUUU